UUCACAUUCACUACUGAUGAGUUUAGUGCUUCGAUUGGACAUAUAUCUUUGACGCUACCUACAACAUUCUCUACAUACCCAGAAGGUUACAAAAUAGAUACGCAACAAUUCGUUGGUGGUAACUUCGCACUGACUACCAUUGGCUACGUUAGCGUUUCAAAUCUACAAAAUCCAGGUGUUUAUGACACUACUUUGCCAAUGAUGAAUCGAUCAGUUCGUCUAACAGUUUUUAUCCAGAUAUAUAAACCAAGUUUGGUAUCCGUUAGGUUUGAAGCAAAAAUCUCACCAUUAGGUAAGAAUUCUACAGUGAAUUUUUGUGAGAGCCAACUCAUAGCAUUUGCAGGUUCUAAUUUGGUUGCGAAUAAUGUCUUGACAUUAAAGGAUACCUCAGUCGUGAAUCAAGCUGAAAAGUUACAAUUCUUUAAUCUUCAACUGAGUAUCCUGCCUUCUACGACAGCAAUUUAUAGUAUUUAUCUUGCUAAUACUGGUAAACUAAAGACGGAACAAUGUUCCGUGGAUUACUUGUUAACAGAAAAUAAUUCAACUAAGAAAAUCAGGCUAAUAACAGAAUACACUGUAUUUCAAGGGCGAAGAAUAGCAAGCACAACGACAAUUGGUAUAUUUAGAAACAAUAACCCAUGGAAUGUUUUUUAUAAUUUCCAAAUCGGAGUGAAAUUAUGGUAUGAUACCACCUACGUCUUGGGUGAUACAAUGCAAACGUACGUUGAGAUGCUUUCUGGAACAGUAACUGUACGUGGUUUUGUUGUAAAUCUUCCAGUAACGUCUAUGGAGCAACCCAUACCCACUACUCCUGUCUCUAAAACUCCUGUAGUUACUAUUGAAAAAGUCGAACCACGAAAUUCACAACCAACAGUAAACUUUAGUACAAUUGUAGAAGUUCGAGUGAAAUUCGUUAAAGACUUUGUCUACAUGCCGAUAACUUUUCAACUACAAGUAGAUUCAAAUGAAGCAAUUAUAAUCAGACAGAGUAUUCAAACAAUUGGAUAUCUAUUAAAAGCUGUAGCACUUGUGGGCUAUGAUUUUUCUGUUAAACCUAAUUUGGCUAGAUUGCAAAUAAAUUCGGUGUACUUCAAUGAAUCAUGUACAGAUGCUCAGUGUGAUAUUGCAAUGCGUUAUUCGAUAAUUCCAAUUACCACGAAGCCUUUAGUGAUCACAUCAACAUUUACCUCUGGUGUAUCCAACUUUACGAAAACAUUAACUAUUACUCCACUAGAUAACUACUCUACUGUGUUGUCAUCAAGUCAGGUUCCAGGAGUUGAUCUAAUUUCUAUUGAUUCAAAAACAGUCAAAAAUCAAGUUAUACCGAACUAUUUAACAUCACUGAAGUUAACGCUAACUCUGAAACCCAAUGUAUGGCAGUCGAUAUAUUUUCAACUUUAUGCUCCAGGUGCCUACCAAGAAUACAUAUUAGUCAAGCCAAUAAUGCUAAGCCAAUCAACAUCAUUGCCAUAUGUCAGCUCAGUUUCGAACUCUUUGGAAAAUAUGGUUUAUAUCAGUAUAGAUAAAGCUUAUUACGAAG